AUGAAUUUUCUUGAAAUAAUCAAAAAUGGAAUCAUGACCAUAAAGAAAAUAGCAGUCAAUUAAGAAAUAGAUAAAAUAUGUGAUCAUAUUAUAAAUACUCUUCGAUUACAAGAUUAUCCAAAAUAUUUAGAUAAAGUUAUACUUUAAGAUGUUCAUGUAUUAAAUUUAAUAAUUAUAGAUAGAACAUUUAUAAAAUUAAUGCAAUUUUCUAAAGAAUCUUAAAAAAAUUAAUGAUAAUGAAUAAGUCUUUAAUAUUUUAUUGAAAAAUGAAGAAGAAACAUAUCGGCUAAAUAAAUGUGUAUAGGAAUUAUAACAGAACAAUUAAAAUCUGAUGAAAUAAAUUUACACUUAUGAACGAAUGUUAAAUGUUUUAAAUCAAAAUUAAGACGAUUAGAUUUAUCACUUAAAUAAGAUAAAGGUCUGGUAAGUAUAAUAAACUAAUUUAGGAGUAAAGUAUGGAAAUUGUAUAGCUUAAAAUGAAAUUAUAAGAAUAAGAAAAUGUUCUCUCAAAUCCUUCAUAAUUAAAGAAACAAAUUAAAUUAUUAGAGAGUAAAAAGAAAUGAUUGCAUAUUAUUAAUUUUAUUAUUAAAUGAUAAUUGAAAUUAAAAAAAAUGAGGAUCUUUUGGUUAUUUGUAGAAUUUGCGAGAAAAAAGUAUCAAUAACUUAAUGAAAACUUAGUUAGAUGCUCAUCUCAUUACAAAUCAUCUCACUAAUUGCUAAUAAAUUUAUGAAACAAAGAUGUUAUUAUAAGAAUUGAAUUGUUAAAUCCACAAAUUAGCAGAAUUAGCUCAAAAUAGAUUUCGUACAAUUAAUACUAAAUAUUAAAUACAUAAAGCAAAACAAACAAGAUAAAAUCUUUAUGAAAAUGGAAAGAGACAAUCAGUUUCUCUUAAUUAACUUUAAUUAGAUGGCUCUAUUAGUGAAGGUACAGGAUCAAAAACAAAUAAGGCUUCUCAUUAAAUUACAGGAAAGUCUCAUUUUGCACUUAUAGGAGCUUAAAAUAAAGUUAAAAUGCAUGCAGAAUCUGAUUAAAUAGUAGAGAUGCAAAAUAAAGAUUAAUCAAAUUAAAAAGAGUUAUUUGAAUAGGAUUAAGAAAUUAAUCUAAAUUAAAUUAAUGGAAAAAAAUGGGUUAAAAAGCAAUACAUUCAUUCUCCUUAAUAAGAAAUUCUUUAAGGUAGUUCACCUAGUUCAAAUGGUAUGGAUAGUCCAUUCUCAUUAGAGUAAGUAUUUGUGAAAUUAUUAAAAUUAGCGAUAAUAUUGACAUUCUAAAAGACUUAAGACAAUAAUUAAAUUGCCUUACUAUUAUUAUCAAGUAUACUGAAGAGACUAUUAAAAUAAAUAGUGGUACAUAAUCAAUUUAAUUUGAUCUAAAAACAUAGGUUAAUUUAUUGAAUAUAAAGAAUUCUUUAGAAAAAGAACUAUAAGACAUUGUUAAAUUAGCAUUAAAGUUGAUUGAAGUACAUAUUAAAGUAAUUAUUAUCUAUAGGAAAGAGUUUAAUACACUUAAAAAAUAUCAAGAUUAUAAAAAUUAAUAUUAGAAGAAGAUAAAUAAGAUAAUAUUAAUUCUCCUUUAGGAUAUAAAUAAAAUACAAAUACAGAAAAUAUUAGAUCUCCAAAUAGAAGUUCACUUAUAUAAAAUUGUGAGAAAUUUAAGUGGUUAAAUAAAUAAAAUGUAUAAUUAUUCAAUUAAAAUAAGAAUAAUAUUAUUAAAGAUAGUCCUUUUAAAAAAAGUUCAAGUGAUUUUGGAGAUGAAGAAAACAAUUCUUAAUCAAAUGAAAGUGAAGAAAUUAGAAAAUUAAAUAGGGGUAGUUCAGAUGAAUCCUUUGAAGUAGAUAAUUCUUCUUAAAAAUCAAAAAAUAAUAUAAUAUCAUUUAAAGCAUUAAAUUUAGAUGAUUAAAUAUAAGAAUAAUAAUUUGAUAAUGCAGAGGAGAAGGAUAAAGGAUAUUAUAGUGAUGGUGAUAUUAAAAUAAUGAAGAUAGCUAAAAAUAAAUAAUUGUAAUAAUAUAAAAAUAGAAUAUUUUAGAUUAAAUGUAACAUUAUAAGACUUUGAAUUUAUAUAAGUUUUAGGAGUUGGUGGUUUUGGAGCAGUUUGGUUGGUAAGUAAGAAAAAAACAAAAGAUUAUUAUGCAAUGAAAGUUAUAGACUGUCGUAAUAAAAAUAUGAGUGAGAUAUAAAAUUUAAGAGCUGAAAAAAAUGUUUUUGAAAUAUUAGAGGGUGACUUUGUAGUCAAAGCUUAUUAUUCAUUUAUUUAAGAUCAAUGUUUAUUAUUUUUAUUAGAAUAUAUGAUGGGUGGUGAUUUUAGUUAAGUUUUAUUUUAAUAUGGUAGAUUAUCAGAAUAAGUUGCAAAAUUCUAUUUAGCUGAAUUACUUUUGGCAAUUGAAUCAUUACAUAAAAAAGGAAUAAUUCAUAGAGAUCUUAAACCAUAGAAUAUUUUACUUGAUUCUUAAGGUCAUAUAAAAUUAGCUGAUUUUGGAUUAUCAGAGAUAGCAUUAGUAUAAAAAAUAAAAGAUGGGAAAGAUGGAAUUAAUUUAUCAAUUGACCCAGAUGUAUUACCAUAGAAUGUAUCAAAAAGACAUAUAAAAAUUAAAUGCAAUUUAGAAUUUCAUAUGUAAAAGUAUCCAAGCAAAAACAGUAUUUAAGAAAAAUCAUCUUCAGGAAAAAGAUAGAAUAGAAUAAUAGGAACUCCAGAUUACAUUCCACCUGAAGUUAUUAUUGGAUAAUCUAUAUCCAAUUUUUCAAUAGAUUGGUGGUCAUUUGGAGUAAUAAUGUAUGAAUUUUUGGUUGGAAUACCUCCAUUCAAUGACAAAAGUAUUCCUAAAGUAUUUGAAAAUAUAACAAUGAGAUCUAUAGAAUGGCCAGAAAUAGGAGAUGAUGAAGAUAUGAUUUCAAUUAAUGCAUACGAUCUAAUCAACAAAUUAUUAGAACCAAAUUAUCAUAUAAGAUUAGGUCAUAAGGGAAUUGAUGAAAUUAAGUAACACCCUUUUUUUAAGGACAUAGAUUGGGUUAAUAUAAGAAAUCUUGAAGCUCCUAUGAUUCCUAUUAGAGAUCUGGAACACUUAGAAGAAGAGUAAUGUAACAUAUUGCAAAAAUAAAAUGAAGAAAACAAAAUGAAGGAUAGAUUAUAAUCAGUUUAAUAAUCACAUGAUGGAAAAUUUGAUGAAGUUGCUAAUCUUACAAGAUUUGAUCUCUUGGCUAAAUUAAGUGAAUAGGAUGCAGAGAAUGUUAUCAAAAAAUAAUCAAAUCAAAAAACAUCAUGA